CCCACAUCAGUAUUCGUCCAUGGCCCUCAAACACUAAGGCCUACCAUAGCAUUAUAGAUGUUCUCUACAAUCGACUUGAACUCGAAGCAAUCUAAGGCCGAUCCUGUCUCCAAAGUAGAGAAGCCCACAAAGCGAAGGUCGAAGACUGGGUGCCUAACUUGUCGGAAACGGAAGAAGAAGUGUGAUGAAACACGCCCGGUGUGCGUGUUCUGCCUGAAGAGAGGUCUAAGCUGCGAAUGGGAAAUUAAGCACUAUGGUUUGGUGGAAAUAAAGGUCAAGACAGACUCUACCAUAGAGGAGCCCCAGGAAGUGAUGAACCCAACGGACCUCAUACAGCUGAUCCAUGGACAAGCAGAGAGGCUAAACGAGGUAGAGUCCAGUGCUACCGAUCCAGCCGAAUCUAGUAAUCUAGUCCAUGUCGACGACAUCAUCGAAAUCAAUAACGAUAAAGAUACCAACAACCAGUUCCCCCACAAUUCUUGCAAGUCCCCAACCUUGUCAGAAUACUUGGAAAGUCACCUCGCUCCCAAUAAAAUUAGCUCACUCGAUAACCAAUUUGUGCUGACCAGAUCUCAUACUCAGUCGCCUUUUCCCGACUUCCUCAAUGAUAGUGCCCUCCACGAAAUGUUCAGCCAGUAUACCCCCAUCUUAAUGCAGCCCUCAUCCUCCUUCAACAUAUACCUUGAUGAUUCAGGUCUCAUUUACCUAGAUUAUUUCGAGAGUAAUGUAGCCAAUGUAUUAUCGGUCAGUCCCAGAUCGUCCAACUACUUCUUGAAGACUUUUUUUUCCCUUGCAGUCACGAAUGAAUCUAUUCUGAAUGCAUUGGCAGCUUGGGGUGCCCUUUUUCACAGUGAUUCGAACCAUGAAAUCGUUAACCAAUACCUUCAAAGAUCGAAAGAUUGUGCCAACAAGUCGUUGGCUAACAAGUAUGAUUAUUUCGUCACACUUGCCUACUAUUUGAUAAAUAUAGGCAUUCAAGUAUGUUCUGGUGAUACCAAGAACUGGCACACAAUAUUUAAUAAAUGCUGCGACCUCCUAGGGGCUUACGGUGGAGUUCGUAAGUUCAUCAGAGAUUUCAAUUACUCGAACGACUGCAAGUUUUUACUAUCCAAUUUUCAGUUUCAUGAUGUGAUGUCUUCAGAGACCCUAACAAACGGUACCAGGUGUUUAUUGAGUAAUUAUAACGACAUAUUUCAGACAAAAAAGUUUAUUGGGGAUGAGGAGUAUGGGAUAGAUCCAUACCAGGGAUGUGUUCAACCUAUUGUCUUGCUUCUAGGUGAAAUAAUGAAUGGCUACGCUAAAGUGAAGAUGGAUGCCAUAGAACUCAAUAAAGAACUCAAUUCUGGCGAGUCAAAGAACAUAGUACAGAUUCAUUCAAGGAGGUUGGCCCACUUUGAAACAAUUGAUCAGACACAUGAUGAGCUAAGAAAUAAAGUGAAGUAUUGUAAACCAAUACAAUCUCAAUUAGACCAAUUACCGACAGACGAGGAAAAGGAGAAGCAUCUCAAGUUAUUUGAGCUUUAUCGAAUUACUUGUAAGAUGUACUUAGCGUUGUACUUCAAACAACUCCAACCUAUUUCCAGUGAAGUCCAAAACUUCUUGCUUGGCUCUCUCAAGAUUAUAGAAGAGUUGAUUGAAACUAAAUUGAAGGGUAGCAUCAAUAUGCCCCUUAUGAUUUGUGGUAUUUCAUGCUGUAAUGAAUAUGACAGACGAAUCUUAGAUAGGAAAUUUCAAAAGAUUUACUCAAGUUAUAAAGUUGGUAAUGUUAAGAGGAUCUGGCAUAUUGUUAAGGAGAGCUGGAGAAGAAACGCAACAGGUGGUGUCUGUAUAGACUGGAUUGAUAUAUGUAAUGAUUUUGGGUGGAAAUUAUCAUUAUGUUGAAGUUUACCAACCCAUUCUUUAUUUAAUUAUUAUAAACGCAAGCGGGUAUCUCGAUUGGUUGGG